CACCAUCGAGUCAAAUAGGAUAUCUUCAAAGGAUUAACAACCAAAAGAAAAAAAUUACCACUUGAACUGCAAUGAUUUACCGAUCGAUAAUUUAGUCCAUGCUGUUAAGAAUUUUUUGAAUAAUAAUAGUAACUAUGAAUAUUUUACCAAACUUACAAAAACAGAGAAUUGAAUAGAUAUCAGUAUCCAAUCUGAAUCUUCUGCCAAAUCGAAGCAGCAGCAAUGGAGGCGCUCUACUUGCUCGCCUCCUUGGCCACCACCCUCCUCGCCUCCACCCUUCAUUCCCUCCUCCUCCUCCUCCGUCUCCUCUUCGGGCGCCGCACUGCCCCCGGCUGUGGGCCCGACGGCGGCGCGGCGCGGCUCUACCAGGGCCGCGUCCGGCACUCGCGCCGGCGGCCGGCGGCGCACGCCUUCGAGUACCCCGUGCGCUACGCCCUCGUCGACCUCGACCGCCUGCACCUCCCGGACCACCUCUCCGCCGACGAAGCCCGCCGCAUCGCCUCCACCUCCGGCCCCGUGCAUCUCCUGACGAUACCGAGGAGCGUGGGGUACGAGCAGAACCCGCUCAGCAUUUACUACUGCUACGAUUCGGCAGCACAGGAACAAGAUGAACAGCUCAAGAUGUGCAUUGCUGAGGUCACAAAUACUCCCUGGGGGGAGAGGGUCAUGUUCACCUUCCAACCCGGUUCUGAUCUCGUCGCGAAGCCCCUACAUGUCAGCCCCUUCAUGGAUAUGCUCGGCAACUGGAGUAUCCGUGCCGAUGCCCCUGGGGAAAGCCUCUAUGUGGCUAUAUCAGUCCAGCAUCCAACGCUUGGGAACUAUUUCACUGCAGCUUUGCACGCGAAGUUAGUUGGACAGACAAAUAAUUCUGUUAGGGUUGCAACAUUCUUCUGGCUGAUGCCGCACAAGGUUGUUGCAUGGAUAUACUGGGAGGCCCUCAGACUUUGGCUGAAGAAUGUCAAAUUUCUGGACCACCCCAGGUAUCUGAACUCGGGUUACAGGGAUGAAGCACUGAAGCGUGAUCUCGAGAUCCGAUCCUCUUGCAUCUUCCUUAAGAAACAGAAGGUGAACAACCAAGGAAGCAGCAGCACCGACGAGGCAACUGAAAAUUCGGAUCAUCUAGAUAGCCAGGGUAAAGGGAACAUCAUGAAGAGGUGGUGCGUAUGGAGGGAUGCUCAAUGGCCAUGGUCAUGAGUCAUGACAUCACCCACCAUUUGAUUGAUGCAUCUGCAGACAUUGCAAGUUGCAAGCGCGCAAUAAUGAACAUUAUGUCUUGCAUGAUCACCAUUGAUAAAGAGAACAUUUUCUUCAGUAUAUGUUACUAGUUUUUGACCAAUUAUUCAGCCUUGUUUCUUGUAUCCUGCUGUGCAUGUACAUGUUUUUUUGGCUACAAUUUCAGCUCCAUGCGUCUGGUGUGCUUCUUGUACUCUUUUGAACGGUGCAAGUACAUGUUUAGGCUACACUUUUCAAUGUAAAUGUGCCUGAUUUCUGCGAGAUAAAGUGCCGGAUUCUCAGCA